UCUUCUCCACACUCCGAAUCCCAAGUCCUCCUUCCUCCUCCUCCUCCUCCUCCGUCCCCGGAAUCAACGACGCAUGAUCUUCGCCGUCGUCGAGUCAUGAGCCGCCCCAGAUCAAGAACCUCCGGCGACGGUGCCGCCGCCGCCGCCGCCCCCUGCGACUUCUGCGCCGGCCGCGCCGCCGUCCUCUACUGCGGGGCCGACUCCGCCAGGCUCUGCCUCCCCUGCGACCGCCUCGUCCACUCCGCUAACCUCCUCUCCCGCAAGCACCUCCGCUCCCGGAUCUGCGACGCCUGCUCCUCCGAGCCCGCCGCCGCCCUCCGCCCCGCCGGCAACCUCGCCCUCUGCCACGGCUGCGACCUCGACGCCCGCGGCGGCGGCGGCUCCUCCUCCGCCUCAGCCUCCGCCUCGGCCUCCCACGCCCGCGGCGCCGCCGCCGCCGAGGGAUUCUCGGGCUGCCCGUCCUCGAUCGAGCUCGCCUCGCUGUGGGGCCUGGCCUCGGAGACGUGGUUCGGCGUUCAAGAAAUGACGGUGCUGGACGACAAGGCGUCGGGGUCGUCCGAGGAGAUUGGGAAGAGCCGCAGCCCGCAAUGCGGAAGGCGCAAUCAGGCCGUGCGCAAGCAGCUGGUGGAGCUGUUCGAGAGGGAUUGUUCGGUGGGCGGUGGCGGCGGAGGGGAGGAUCUGGGGCCGGCGACGCCGAGCGCGGCGGAGAAAUGCGAGGUCGCGGACGGCAGCGAUGGUGGGUGCGAGCGGUUGUUGGAGGGUCAGGGCGCGUCGUUCGAGUCGUUGCUGAUGUUGACGUCUCGGAGGGAUUGGGAAGAGAGUCUCGAGAGGGACAUGAUCUGGGACUGCAAUCCUAGCAAUCAAACCACUCAGAUAUGGGAUUUUAACUUGGGACGGCUGAGGGGUCACGAAGAACCUGGCCCAGUGGAAGUUGAAUUCGGUACAAACAGCGAAGGCUUCAUGAUCAAGAGUUAUGAUGAACUUAUGAGAGAAGUGCCUUUGUUAACGUCGAAAGCCUCAGACGAACUGUACCACAUGAAUUGCUCUUUGGUGCACGAAGACAUUGCAUCAUUGAAUAAUAUUCUGAAUAACCCAAUUGCAAGGCAUGGUUCGGCAAUAAUUGAGAGUGAUAUCCAUUUAGUACCCAAACCCACAUCAGGUACAACUCUUGCUAAAUAUGAAGCCUCGGUUUGCUCAAAAGAAUACGAGGUUGGAGAACCAAAUUUGCUCGUGAAUCAUGACAGCGCAACAACAGUGGUUACAUCGAAAGCCGACAUGAAGUUGCUGGCUCAGCACCGAGGCGAUGCCAUGCUCCGCUACAAGGAGAAGAGAAAAACUCGAAGAUUUGAAAAGCACAUACGGUAUGAGUCGAGGAAGACCAGAGCUGAUACUAGGAAGCGAGUGAAAGGCCGCUUUGUGAAGACUCGUGAGGAAGCUCCUGAUUGUUGAACUCGCACCUGAAUGAGGUGGUGCUUUUCCGUUUGUCAAAAUAUAUGUAAUCCUACUUUAAUUUACACUAUAUAAUUCGAGCGGUAUUUUAUCA